AUGCUCGGCGCUCAUAGUCUAUGCCAUCGGAGGCCGUGGAAGCAAGACAUUGUAGAAGAGCAGUUAAUCGAGCCCCGAGUUAUGAGGCAGAGUGAUGCACGAGAAUGGAUUCAGAUUGCCCUCUUGCAGCCGGUGGAUGUUCGGACGAAAUAUGUGAAAGUUCCCGUCGUGAAAUUUGUGGAUAAAUACGUGCCGAAGAUUAUGUAUCAUGAGAACACGAUCGAGGUCCCUCGAAUCGUGCACAAGACAGUACAAAAAUUUGUUGAGAAACCAUACAUCAAGUAUGUUGACAAGUAUGAAGAGGUUCCUGAAAUCCGAUACAAGUAUACAUACGUGCCCAAAGAGACAAUCCAAGAGAGGAGUGUCUACAAACCGCGUUUUACCGUCGUCGAGAAAGUCAAGUACAAGGAGAAACGGCAGGUCAAAUUUGUUGACAGGUACGUUGAGAUCCCUGAACGCGAAGUGGCACUACAGUGUGAGGCCGGGAUAUUUCCGGAGAACAACCAGUUGGUUGAUCACGUGGUUCAGGGAGAGGAAGCCGCGGAAUCGUCAACUUCAAGGGAAGUUCGUCUUCUGCCGAGCGAAGACAAUGACACAUCAGGAGAGGAGGAAAGAAAGUCCGACCAAGAUGUGACCUCUAGUGACCUUAGCAAUACACUUCGUAGCCGACUCCGCGGGUACCCUUCGUAA